GUCAUAGUUGAGUGGGAACAAUAUUCAAGAUGAGCUUGUAAAUAAGAGAUUGAUUAAUGGUCUUGUGUGUGAUACACCGAUCAAAUUAUAGCAAACUAUCAAAGAGAAGCAUCGAAUAUUUGUUGCAAUGGCAGAAGAAGUGGUGUCGAUUGCUCUAGGAACCUUACGUGAUUUGCUGUUGGAAGAAGCAAGGUUUUUAUCUGGUGUUGGCGAUCAAGUGAGGGAGCUCGAGAUCCAGCUCAAAGAGAUGAAGUGUCUCCUUGAAGAUGCUGACAAAAGACGGCAUGAAAGCAAAACCAUUUCUAAUUGGAUCUCGGAGAUCAGAGAUCUCGCAUACAGAGCCGAAUCCGCCAUUGAAUUACACGCAGCUCGAGUGUCUUCGAGGAGAUCUAGACGAGGCCUCAGGCAGCUCAUCCGCAGAUAUUCUUGUAUUUUUGAAGAAUGCUACUCGAUCCACCAACUAGGCUCCGAGAUUGCAAAAAUCAAAUCCGAUCUUGGAAGAGUCACUCAAGACAUGCGAGCCUAUGGAAUAAAUAACAUCAUCGAUCUCGGAGAGGGACACAGCCAAGCUCAAGGCACGACCCUGCCGUCGUCCGGCUCCAUCUCUGGCGCGGGGGAAAGCUCGGCCGCGGACAACAACAAAACUUGGUCGCGGAAAACCUUUCCCGAUUUCGAGAUUGAUGAGUGUUUCGUGGGCAUGGAGGAAGAGCUGAAGCAGCUUGAAUCUCUGCUAGUCGAGGACAAAGAGCAUCGAGUUAUCUCAGUAUGGGGUAUGGGAGGUUCGGGCAAGACCACCAUUGCCAGAAAGGUGUACAACCACAUUAAAGAGACCAAAAACGGUGGCUUUGAGUCAUUCGCAUGGGUUUGUAUUUCUCAGCAAUGUCAGAUCCGAUUGGUUUUGGAGGAUAUUCUGAGCCAACUAAGACCUCAAAAGGUUAAUGAGAAUAUUGUGAGUGACACGGCGUUGAUGAGGCAACUAUGCGAGAUACAAAGAGAGAAGCGAUGCCUAAUUGUCGUGGACGAUCUUUGGGAGACUUCUCAUUGGGAUGGUUUCAAGCAUGCCUUUCUUGUCCAAGAUUUGCAGAGCAAGAUCUUGCUCACCACGCGUGAGCGAAUGGUUGCAGAGAUUGGAUUCCCAAUAGAACAUGGGCUUCUAAAUAUGGGUGAGGCUUUGGAACUACUCAAGAAGAAAGCAUUUCCCCAAACAAACAUUCCAGAGUUUGUUUUGGAAGAAAAUUUUGAGAAAAUUGGGAAAGAAAUGGUUAAGAAAUGUGGGUAUUUGCCGCUGGCAAUUUCUUUACUCGGCGGUGUCUUGAGAAAGAAAAAUUCGAUGAAGGAGUGGGAGUUAGUAAAUGAGGAUGUCAAAGAAUUCAUAUAUAGAUAUGAAAAGGAGAUCGAUGGAGUACUAAAUUUAAGCUAUGAGAGUCUACCCUAUUAUUUGAAGCCUUGCUUUCUCUGCAUGGGUUUAUUUCAAGAGGACAAAAACAUAUCUCCUAAGGAUCUACUUGGAAUGUGGAUAGCACAAGGCAUGAUUUCAUACGUGAAUAUUCGAGACAAGGAUAAAACUUUGAUUGAAAUCGCAAGGAUCUACUUGGGCGAGUUGGCCUCCAGGUCCAUAGUCCAAGUUGAAAUUGAUGAUGCCAGCACACCUGGGGCAAAAUAUCUGAGUUGCAAACUUCAUGAUGUAGUAAGAGAACUAUGUCUGAAAUUGGGGAAACAGGAGGAUUUUGGUGUCCUGAGUUUAGAGUAUCAAACUGGGAAACUUAGUACCUUACUACAGAAAGCUUUAUCGAAUAUGAAAAUACGACAUUUGGCUAUCUAUUUAAGAACAAGAGAAGUCAAACUGGAACCUGACGAGCUUGGAGAAGAUACUAGCAAACGUUUAAGGUCUCUUCAUAUAUUCAAUUACAUGAAUCCAAUUGAGUUUCCUCCGCAAAAUAUAGUUGAUUUUCAGAAAUUCGAAUUGCUAAGGGAUCUAGUUAUGGUGGGAAUUAAAUUUGCAGGAAGAAAGUUAGAGAAAGGAAUCACUAAUCUUAUUCACCUUAGACGUUUGUGUUUACAAAGAUGUGAAUUUGAUAAACUACCAUUGUCCGUAAAGAACUUUGUAUACAUGGAUACCCUUGAUUUAUGGGCUUCAAGGAAUGUUGAAGUUCCAAAUGUUUUUAAGGAGAUGCUACGUUUAAAACGCUUGUAUCUUCCCUAUUAUGAUGAGGAACAUAUUGGAAGUUAUCAAUUAACAUUGGACGAGGGAGUGGUUGAGCUGGAAACCCUAUGGAAAUUGGAUAGUAGAGUGCAUGAAUUAAAAUUUAUAAACAGAAUGAAGAAUCUGCGAAAAUUUGGAACAAUAAUAUACGACAAUGAAAGCUUGUCAGUAAUCAUCGAUGCCAUUGCUAUCUUGGAGAAGUUAACAUAUUGUAUGGUUGAGAUCAAAGAGGGUUGCGAGUUAGGAACAACUGAGUCGGUGUUAACAUUGAAGAAGGCAUUCACAUGUCCCAAUCUUCAUGAGUUGGGUAUUGGAAUUAAGUUAGGGAAGGUGCUGGCAGAGUGCGGACGUGACAUUAUGAGCUCAAAACUCACGAAAUUGGUCCUGAAUAAAUGUGAGAUUGAGGAUGAUCCAAUGUGGAUACUGUCGAAGCUUCCUUGCUUAACAAAUUUGUAUUUAUGGAAGAAAUCAUUUGUUGGGGAGGAGAUGAUAUGUCCAUCAAACAGUUUUCCUCGCCUCAAGGUGCUUUUUCUAAACAUGUUACCAAACCUGAAGGAGUGGAGAGUGGAGACUGGAGCCAUGCCCCUUCUCUCUCAAUUACAUAUAGAAGCUUGUUCUAGUCUGAAGAUGCUUCCGGAUGGAUUGAGUGGCAUUUCUACUCUUCGGAAACUAGAGAUCUAUGGAAUGGCGGAAUUGGGGAAGAGGGUAUCGGCAUCAGGAGAGGAUUUCCACAAAGUCAGCCAUGUCCCUUCAAUUAUGAUCCAAGACAAUGUCUAGUCUAGUCUCCACCCGGUGUACUUUUUUUAAUGGAAACUACCAUGACAUCACAGAGCAAGACUUCGGGGCUAUCCCAUUUGGAUCGGGACGAAGAAUUUGCCCUGGGAUGUCUAUGGGACUUGCAAACGUGGAGCUCACAAUUGCUAGUCUUCUCUACAAUUUCGACUGGGAAAUGCGUCCAGGGUUCAAAGCUCAAUAUAUUGAUACCGUCUUGGAAUCACUAUGCAUAAGAAAAACCCUCUCAUAUUUCCUUGUAGCUAGAGAAUAUGUUGUUUAGUUUGAAGCCUUUAAUUAUUUUUUCGAAAUUAAGAGGAUUAUUAAUGUUUUUCAUUUCCCGUGCAAUGAUUCAAACCCUCAACUAUUACGAUUAGAUAAGAAGUUUUUUACCAUUUGAGC